AUAUAUAUAAAAAUAAGGAGAUGUGGUAUGAUUGCCAAUGAGACAACUAUCCACCAAAGUUCAAAUGAAGUGGAUUUAAGCAAUUAUAGGCAAGCGUACAGCCUUCAACACUGAGAAAUACCCAUACUGUAUACUAUAGUCGGCUAUGAAAGGCCCCGACAUAAAAAAUAUGAAACAAUUCAAUUGAAAAAACUAAUUGAGUGCGUACUAAGGAUCAGUAAGGACAAUGAAGAAAAGUUCCGAUAGGGCCAGCUGGCCCACAAAACUUAUAAUACAUGUACUUUUGUUUACCACCUAUUAAAAAAGUAACAAUACUUUAACUAGCCAAUCACAACAAAAUGUGAAUUGAAAAACCCAUUUAGCCAUUUUGAUUCUUAGUUUAUGAGAGCUAGCAAAUAAUGGCUCAUCAAUCAAAGUUAACUUUAUAUUCACGAAAUACGCAUUCAAAUUAAUGAGCAAAUUUGCAGUACUUAUGAUAUUCCUGGUUUGUCACUAACAACCUAUGCAAAUGGCAUUCUUUUACUUCCGGGAACUUAGACACAUAUUACUCAUUAUUGUACUAUUGCUGUGAGCCCCAACCCUUAUCCUAGCACAGCCUUUGUCCAAGCCCAACCCUAAUCUUUGACUUUAUUACAACUUAAAGUUAAUAUCUUUGGAUAAGAGAAGAGACAUUUACCUGUCUGCUAUUGUAUGAUGUCUUUAUCACAGGAUUUGACUAAUCAACACAUUUUUAUCAGGAUUAGCAAGUGAAGCAGGAUCUGUUAACCCUUCCGAAGCAUCUGAAUUCCCCCUGGGUUUGAUGGGUUCAUGUUGCUCAAUUUUUAGUUUUCUGUAUAGUGUUUUGUUGACUUUUUUUUUUGGUCACUUUGUUGUCAAGUUUUUCUUCAAUUUCUGGUUCUUGGUCCCUUCUCCUUGGUAUCUUCUCCCAUUUUUUUAAAACCCUGAUCAAAUUAACUGGCCCUUAUUAUAAAGAACUGGGCUCUCUAGGGUAAAUAGUAAUACAAUCCUGCCUCUUCUUCAGAACACAAACUGAAUACUUUUAAAAAAGUGAAAUCUUUCUUAUUCUUAAUUUGAACAUGCAUUAUCUUUUGUGGUAGUCAGCUAGUUUUGGUUUAGAUAGUUUUCACUGUAUGUUACCAGGAUAGUUGUGACGUAAACAGCUACUGCCUGGGUGCCCCCCAUGGCCUCUGAUUGCUAAAUAUAAUUGAUGCAAUUUGUGAAAUGAGAAAUUGGAAGAAAAAAACAUUUAUGAUAAAAGGUAUAGAAAAAUUUUCAAUCACAAAGUUACUCAGAAUUUUGCUAUCAAAUGGAAAAUCAGAAGUAAAAAUACUGUUGUAAUUUAGUCUCCAUACUUAUGAUCAAAUCAUAAUAUUUGUGACAAUUCUUUGCUAGACUAUUUCAAAACCCCUUAAUAACAUUGACAGAUCAACUUAUUGUUAGACACACAAUGACUACAGGGAUCACCAUAUAAUCUUUCGUUUGUUUGAAUUUUUCAUAAUGAAAAGUCUUAAAUUCAUCAAAUGCUUCAAGAUCAAUUUUUUUAUACGCCCGUCAGUUUUUGACGGGACGUAUUAUGGUAUACAAAUGUCCGGUGUCCGUCUGUCUAUCUGUCCGUCUGUCUGUCCGUCUGUCUGUCCCGCGUAAACAUGUCGCACCGUAACUUGAGAAUGACUUAUCCAAAUUUCAUGAAACUUCAUAGUUGUUUCUUAUGAUGGUCAAACGAUCUGUAUACUUUUUGGUGAAAAAAAGAUUAAAACUUUUUGAGUUACAGGACUUAGUAACUAAAACAGGUGUGUGUUUUUUUUCACAUGUUGCACCGUAUCUCAAAAACAAUUUAUGAUUAUUGCUUAAAACUUUACACACUUCUUAGUUAUACUAAUCUUAAGAUCUGUAUACUUUUUGGUGAUGAUUCAAAAUUUUAUUUUAGAGAUAUUGAGUAUUUUGUUAAAAAAGGGGGAGGGGUUUUUCACAUGUCGCGCCGUAUCUCAAAAACAGUUUAUGAUUAUUGCUUAAAACUUUACACACUUCUUAGUUAUAUUAACAUUAAGAUCUGUAUACUUUUUGGUGAUGAUUCAAAAUUUUAUUUUUGAGUUAUUGAGUAUUUUGUAAAAAAAGGGGGAGGGGUUUUUCACAUGUCGCGCCGUAUCUCAAAAACGAUUUAUGAUUAUUGCUUAAAAUUUGACACACUUCUUAGUUAUAUUAAUCUAAAGAUCUGUAUACUUUUUGGUUUUGAUUCAAAAUUUUAUUUUUUAGAUAUUGAUUUUUUUUUUUUUAAAAGGGGGGUUUUCACAUGUCGUGCAGUAUCCCAAAAACGAUUUAUGAUUAUUGCUUAAAAUUUUACACACUUCUUAGUUAUAUUAAUCUAAAAAUCUGUAUACUUUUUGGUUUUGAUUCAAAAUUUUAUUUUAUAGAUAUUGAGUUUUUUGUAAAAAAAAAAAAGGGGGUUUUCGCAUGUCACGACGUAUGUCAGAAACUAUUAAUGCUUAUUGCAUAAAAAAUCACACACAAGACGACAGGCGUAUCAUGCGCUCAUGGCGCAGCUGUUUAUUCUUGCAAUAAUGUGCAAUUACUAUGCAAUUCAUCCUGUAUGCAAUGGGAAUGUGCAGGAAUAUAUAUUAUAAAUGUGUAAUAAUGCAGGAAUGUUGCCAUUUAGAUGUCUUUAGGAUAUUUUUGUUGUUGCUAUCUCAUUGACAUGUACCUGUUCCAGACCAUAUGAGUAUCUGGACCAUAUGUGUAUACGCAUAUGGUCUGACCAUUUGUGAAUGGUCAGACCAUACAAGUAUUUACUUGUUUGGUUAUUAUCAGGCUGGACCAUAUGAGUAUUUGGACCACAUAUGUAUUUUUUUGAAUAUGCAUGAGAAAUGUCAACCAAUGAUCUAUGCUCAUUCAUCCUACUUGCAUGCUUUUUGUUCAGCAAGUAACGAACCAAACAUGUAUGUUCAAGAAACAAAACAUAACUUAAAAGGAUAUAAGAAGAGGCGUAAGUAAGAAACAUAACAAACACUUUUUGGACACAGAUGAGUUCUCAAGAAUAUUUCACUGCAAUUGCUUGUUUAAAACAAUUAAGUAAAGAUAAACUGUGUAAGAAUUGUAACUUUUGCUGUAUCGUACACACAACUCAUUUUCCAAACCAAAGACACAAGUUACUAACUGACUUUUUCAUCUUUGAUGUUUUGUCUUAAUCUUGUGUUCCUGUUUUUUGCAUUCACUAAUGUCUAUUAAAAUAAUUUUUAUCUUGUUGACCUUUUCGUCCAUUAUUAAAAUAGGUGACCUCUUGUUUGCAAGUUCAUUUAUAUUUCUUGAAGUUAUCUUCCCAAGUCGGCUAUUUGUCAUUCUUCAGGAUAAAUCCAAAAUGACCAUGUAUAAUUGUGUUUAUUAUUACUCUAACUUGUGAUUUAAAUUCACUGGAUCGUUACUUUUUUCGUGUUUAUUAAAUAUGUAACCCUGAUUAACAUAUGAUUAGAUAACAGAACAUUUUAUUUUUAUAAACUCUUUCUGAUGAAAAUUUGAAGGUUUAUCCUAAGGAAUUAACAAUAUGAAAGAUUAAACGUUUCAACUUUCAUCAUGUUAAUUACCCGGACCUUGCACAUAUGGUUAGGGCCAUAUGGAUAUAUACACAUUAUGUCCAGAAAAUACUCACAUCUCCUUAAUUCAAAGAUAUAUAGUGAUUUUGAAAUAGUAGUAAAUUUUGUAUUUAAUGACAAAAUUGAAAUUUUAUAAAUAUUUUGUGUGGUUACAUAUUUAUUUUUUUCCAUUCCCUUAUUUCACAAAUUGCUCUGGAAAAGGUGUUAAAAUGUUCUAAUGCAAUAAAGAUUAUAUGAAUUCUGAUACAUCAUUCCACUGAUAAAUGUAAUCCAUGCAUGAGGGUAUUUGAAUCUUAAUAGAGCUAGUGAAAUUGGGUUUCAGUUUAAAACAAUGGAGUGGAAAAGACUAGAAUCCUUGGUAUCAACACACAGUUAUAGGUACCAGUGAGAACAAAAUCUGUAAGAUGGUUUUAGUAACGUAUUGAGGUCCCUUUAGUGCCUCAAGAAAAAAGAUGGAGGAAAGGAAUAUUUAUUGCCUUUCCUAGUUACUGUAGAUUUUUUAUAAUUUCUGGGAUACCAAUUUUCAUAGAUUUUGUGGUUAAAGGUGAAUUACUAAUCUAAAUGAUCAACAAAAUACAAAUAGGCUUGAAUGCAGAUUUAAUUUGGCAAUUCCACGAAAGCAUGCACUAAAGUACAAUAUUUUCUCAAUCCAUGAAAAUUGUUAUCCAUGAAAAUGAAUGAAUCCACAGUAGUAUGACAAAGGCAAGAUAAGUUGCUUGUAUUUCUCUAUUCUAAAGGUGUUGCCACUAAUAAGGUGGCCCAGAUUGUGAACAUAUCUGAAAAUAUGCACACACUGAGUAGAACAAUACAGGGUACAACUACCAGUGAAGACAGUGGCUUUGAUUUCGAUCAGUCAUGGAUAUGUGCCAUGUGUGAGCUAUCAAACUUAACAAAGAGACAUGUAGUUAUAGCCAGAUUAGCACAUCCAGCAAAUCUUGGUAGUACUAGUCAGGAAGUCCAGCUAGUUAUACUUGUCCUUACUCCUACAGUAGAGAAAAGUACGAAGAGUGCUCUAGAGACUGCCAGAACAUUUUCUACAUUAUUUCUCGACAUGGACUACAGACACAAACUUUUAGAAGUGCAAACAGAGUCUGAGUUCAAGCAGUUACUUCAGCAGAGAACAAAGCUGCUAAGCUCACAACAAGGACUUCCAGAAAACAGAAAAUCUCAUCUUGUCUUAUCUGAUUUUGAAAAGGAUGAGGCUGAAGAAUCAAAAUGUCCCUUAGGUAGAGGUAUGAUCAAUGAUCUGAAGAGACGGUUGCCACAUUACUGGUCAGAUUAUAAAGAUGGUAUUUUUGGCAAAAGAACAAUACACAAAGUCAUAUCAACUACGUUCUUCUUGUACUUUGCCUGUGUUUUACCCAAUAUAGCAUUUGGAAUGUUAAAUGACAGUAACACAGAUGGUGCUAUAGGUGUACAGAAAAUUUUGUUCUCACAAUGUCUGGGAGGACUUUUGUUUGCAGUAUUUGGAGGACAGCCAUUAAUUGUACUUUUAACCACAGCACCACUUGCUUUGUACACAAAAAUUAUUUAUUCCAUAUCAGAUGAUUUUGGACUGGAUUUUAAUGCCAUGUUUGCGUGUGUUGGACUGUGGAAUGCUUUCUUUCUCAUUAUAUAUUCAGUUUUUAAUCUCAGUAAACUCAUGAAAUAUUCAUCAAGGUCAACAGAAGAAAUCUUUUCCUUAUUCAUUGUAUUUGCAUUUUCUGCUGAUGCCAUAAAAGAUACAGUAAAAGAUUUCAAUAAGAAUUAUUAUAGCAGUUCCUGUGAUAGCCUCUCUCAAGGAAGUUUUGUUAAUCAAACGAACAUUAGUGCUGUAACAACACAAAUGCCAAGUACAAACUUGUCAGAUACAACUACAGCAGCGAACAUGAUUCAAGAAUGUCUGAAGGAAAACAGUAUUCUGUUCCUCUUGCUCAUGUUGGGAACUGUCUGGCUUGGAAUUACCUUAUAUAACUUUACAAAAACACCUUUUUUGAAUGCAGGGAAGAGAGAAAUGUUGGCCGACUAUGCACUUCCAGUAGCUGUAUUAGCUAUGUCAUUUUUUGGUUCCUUUGUCUUCAAAGAUAUAAAAUUGAAGCCAUUUACAUAUAGAACGAAUGUAGAGUUUUUUGUUGUUGCACCUAUCCACACCUUACCAUGGGGAGCAGUCCUUGGAGCAGCAGGACUGGGUUUCUGUUUAUCAUUGUUGUUCUUUAUGGAUCAAAACAUAUCAAGUGCCUUAGUGAAUGCUCCCGCUAAUAAAUUAAAGAAAGGAGCAGCUUAUCACUGGGAUUUAUUUACUGUAGCAAUAAUCAAUGCGUUUCUGUCUAUAUUUACAUUCCCAUGGGUACAUGCUGCUCUCCCUCACUCACCACUACAUGUUAAAGCACUAGCUGAUAUGGAAGACAGGGUAGACCAAGGCCAUGUCCAUCAGAUAGUAGUGUAUGUGAGAGAGACCAGACUGACUGGAAUUAUUUCCCAUAUAAUGAUUGGUCUGUCUUUGUUGUUGUUACCCUAUCCAAUGAGUUACAUUCCACGACCAGUGUUAGACGGACUGUUCCUUUAUAUUGCCAUCACAGCUCUGUUUGGUAAUCAGAUGUUUGACAGAAUUAUGCUGUUUUUUACUGAGCAGGCAGCCUACCCACCUAACCAUUAUAUACGUCGAGUGCCACAGAGGAAGAUCCAUUUGUUUACCGUCACACAGAUAUUACAACUAUUCGUCCUCUGUAUAUUUGGAUUCUCACCAAUACCCUACAUGAAAAUGGUAUUCCCAAUUCUCAUUAUGUUACUGAUGCCUAUAAGGCAUAAACUGACACCUAAGUUCAUCGAGCCUAAAUAUCUGAAAGCAUUAGAUGGACAUUGAAAGAACAGAAUGUUAUUAAAGAUGGCAGCCAUAUAUACCAACAGUUCCUGAUCAAGAUGUGUUGUAGAACUUUGUCAAGAACUUUGUCAAUAUUAUAAAUUUUCAAUUCUUAUUCAUUUGAUUAUAAAAAAAAAGACAAAUUCUUAUUCUGUUUUUACAGAAGUAGAAAAUUUCUUCUUUGACGUUUAUGAUACAGUAGAUUUUUUAACCUACCGUCCUGUAUAACUUCAGAUUUUAAUGUAUUAAAAGAAUAUAUAAUGCAUAGAAUAAAUAAAAAAAAUUUCAGUGUUGAAUUGCUGAUAAAAGAAUUGCAAAAACAAAAUCAGUUUAUUGUUAAUUAUAAAUAAUAUUUGAUAAUGAGAGAUCUCUUUUUUCUCAUCUAACAAUAUUGAGAUAAAUUUACAUGUACAAACCUAACAUUAAUUCAAGCAUAAAAUUUUAAAAGCCAAUACCAGAAAUGGUUAAUGGACUAAGAUUAAGUUUUAGAACCGGUACUUUUGUUUGUUUUAAAUUAUGCUUAGAAACUUUAUACAGUUUUAUGUAUAAUUAUCAAAUUACUCAACGAAAAAAAUAAUAAUGAUUGAACCAUCGAAUAAUAUCAUGAUAAGCAAUAUUCAUGUAUAGAAAGGAGGAACAGAGAAAUGGUUGUUUGGUGCAUGUGAACCAAUAAUUUUAUGAGCUCAAAUCGACCAUGUUGUUGGUUUCCAAAGAAACAUGUUGUUGGUUUCCAAAGAACCAUGUUGUUGGUUUCCAAAGAACCAUGUUGUUGGUUGGCAUAUGAUGCUACAGUUAUGCAAGUGAUUUGAUAUGUGUCAAAAUAGUUUUGUUGUAAAUAGAUACAUACAAUAUUUGUUAUUUUAUUUUUGUCUCCUAUGCUGCUUGAUGUGCACUUUCAUUACAUGACACUAAAGUUAUCUGUAAAUUUUUCAUACAUUCUGUACAGUUCAUAUAAUACAACAACAUUUCAUAUGGAUAUUGAACUACUUCAAAGGAGGAAAGGAAAGUAUGGAUCAUAUAUUAUUUUAAAUUCUGACAAUUUUGUCAAAAUAUGGAUCCAGAAAACCAAAAUCCACUAUAUGACCUCACAGAUGGUGUUUUUCAGUGGUAAAAUAUAAUAAAUAUUUUGUUCUAUAUAUUGAACUUGGUGAUUUCCAUGAGUUAUGAUGAUUUAUCUUCCCCUCCAUUUUGUGAGUGACUUCAUUUGUAGUUCAUUUUUUUAUAUAUACAACUACCAAGAAUACAGUAGUUCAAGAUAUGAACAUAAGUUUUAUAUCAAAAUGAAUUAGAAACAUAACAAUAUACGUGUGUCAAAAGUUACAAAUGCAGAUAACGUGCAGAUCUUUAUAUAAACUUGUUGUUUCUUGGUAUUUAUCAACUCCAUUAAAAAGGAAGUGGAACAUUAAGACCUUUACUUGGCCUAAUAUUUUGUGCAUAUCAAAAAGUUAGAAAACAAGGUUACAAUUUUGUGGAUUCAGAAAUCAAACAAAUUUUCAGCAUAUCGGAGAAACUGCGACAUAAGAAUACAUUGCAUAUUUGUUUUUAUUAUAUACUUUGUUAUAUGUUAAUUUUGACAUACAUUUUGGAUUACAAAGUAUUAUUGUAUUUAAAAAUCAACACCACAUUUGGUAAAAAUAUGGUAGACAAAUAGAGAAAAUAAUAGUUGAAUUUUAAAACAUGGUCCAAGACUUGCAGGGCAUUAGAGUCUUAUCUAUGUGUUCUACACUAUUCAUUUGUUUUCAUUAGUUCUGAAAAAAAAAGAAAAAAUUAUGGCAUUACAAAAUAUAGUGUUCGAAUUAACAAACUGACCAGGGUAUCACUGUUUAUAAACUUAUUGACCUGACUGUUUUACAAUGGUAACACUUAUUAACCAGGAUAGUUUUAAAGAUACAAUGUACUCUGACUGACAAGAGUAUUUCUAUGGAUACAUUGACUGACCAGAGUAGUUCUAUGGAUACAUUGACUGACUAGAGUAUUUCUAUGGAUACACUGACUGACCAGAGUAGUUCUAUGGAUACAUUGACUGACCAGAGUAGUUCUAUGGAUACAUUGACUGACCAGAGUAGUUCUAUGGAUACAUUGACUGACCAGAGUAGUUCUAUGGAUACAUUGACUGACCAGAGUAGUUCUAUGGAUACACUGACUGACCAGAGUAGUUCUAUGGAUACACUGACUGACCAGAGUAGUUCUAUGGAUACACUGACUGACCAGAGUAGUUCUAUGGAUACAUUGACUGACCAGAGUAGUUCUAUGGAUACAUUGACUGACCAGAGUAGUUCUAUGGAUACAUUGACUGACCAGAGUAGUUCUAUGGAUACAUUGACUGACCAGAGUAGUUCUAUGGAUACACUGACUGACCAGAGUAGUUCUAUGGAUACACUGACUGACCAGAGUAUUUCUAUGGAUACACUGACUGACCAGAGUAGUUCUAUGGAUACAUUGACUGACCAGAGUAGUUCUAUGGAUACAUUGACUGACCAGAGUAGUUCUAUGGAUACACUGACUGACCAGAGUAUUUCUAUGGAUACACUGACUGACCAUGCAGAGUAGUUCUAUGGAUACACUGACUACUCAGUAUAUUUUUAUUGAUACUUAGAAUCACUGGAGUAUUAUUACUGGAUACACUAUUUCGUUGUUUUUCACCAAUUUCAGCACACAAGCCUAUAUAUAAUGUGUAUUUAGUUGAAUAUUUAAAUUUUUGGUUCACCAUAUAACUAUUUUCAAAUAAAAUAUCAUUAUGCCGAAUUAACUUAUAUAUUGAAUGUUAUUUGAAGUGUGUUUUGUUUUUCCAUUUUGUUCAUUCAAACACUUGCCAGUAGUUUCCUUUAUUUUCAGUUGUACAUUUGUAAAUAUAGUCUAUUGCAUAUCUUUUGUGUUUUGAAAUUUUUGCAAGUCUUUCAAAAUAUUGUCAAAGAAUUUUCAGUUUUAAUGAAGAUUCCAGUGUUAUAGUCUGUGACAGUGACUUUUGAUUGUUAUGUUUAUUUAUUAUAAUAUUUCAAUUUUCAAUUGGAUUUUAUAAUUGUAAAUAAUGAUAAGAGAGUUGAUAUUAGUCAUUUGUUAUUUACAACAUGCUGCUGUUUGCAGUAUUUGUUAAUCAAGAAUUUGUUACCCAGAAGGCUAUUUUUAAUAAAAUUUAUUUUGAAGAAAAA